GAGCUGGACAUAUAAAUGCGAAGCAUCGCUCAAAUCAGUCUUCAACGGCACGCGAACGUGAGAACAAGCAAAGUCGAAGAAAGAGCUGUACGCAUUCAUAGAAAUUAAGAAGCUUGGCAGCGACUUCAAAUCAGCUAAUAAACAAUAGCAAAUUAUUGUAAAUUAAUUCUGUUCUAACCUUCGCGAAGUGCGAUUAUUAAAUCAGCUUAUAAAUCAGUAAACACUUUGUGCGCCCGGAAGGGAUACAAUACGCGUACGCACGCUUGUACGUGCCGCGUUACGUGAGCACUUAAAAACGAGGUAAACGCACACGACGUUUCGAAAAUGUCAACGCGUUCGACGCGAGCUCUGCGUGUACGCAAUGACGCGCCUUGCGUUUUCGCGCUUGUCGCGCGCGUUUUCUGCAUGCUGGUCGCUUUCGGCGGCAGCGUCAAUGCCAAGGUGUACGAUCGUUGCGAGUUGGCGCAAGUGUUGCACAAUCGGCAUCGACUCGAUUUGCAUGAGGUCGCGACAUGGACUUGCAUAGCGCAGCAUUCGAGCGGUUUCAAUACGGAGGCUUACGCGGGUGGUCUGGCGGGCGGUUCACACGGUCUCUUCCAGAUAAGCGAUGUGUUUUGGUGUUCGCCACCGGGCAAAGGAUUUGCUUGUAAUUUACCUUGUGAACGUUUAAGGGACGCCGAUUUGACGGAUGACUUGCGCUGCUUGCGUAUUAUCUAUGACGAGCACCAGCGGCUUUCCGGUGACGGUUACAAUGCAUGGAAUGCUUAUCAGCAGUUUUGUCGUCAUGGUGUCGAGAGUUAUGUCGCAGACUGUUUUCCAAAUCAACGCAUAGCGCCUGUGGCUCAACAGACAUUAACGCACACCGCUUUUGCCAGCGCGCCAGCGCCGUAUUAUACAUCCAACGACUUGGCGGUGCACACGAAUUCUAUAAGUAACGGUUAUGCCGCGCAUAAACGUGGCAAGAUCUACGAUCGAUGUGAGCUGGCACAGGAGCUGUACUACAAGCACAAAAUGCCGAUGGAGCAGAUACCUACCUGGGUUUGUAUUGCGCAACAUGAAUCCAACUUCGAUACCUCGGCUGUGGGACGUCUAAAUGCUGAUGGUAGCGCUGAUCAUGGACUCUUCCAAAUCAGCGAUCUCUACUGGUGUUCGCAUGAUCGUUAUAGUGGCGGCAAGGCUUGCGGACUACAAUGUACAAAGCUGCUGGACAACGAUAUCAGCGAUGAUGUGCGUUGCAUCAAGCGCAUUCAUGGUGAACACACGCGCAUUUCAGGUGACGGUUUCACCGCUUGGUCCGUGUACAACCGCGACUGUCGCAAUCAGCAGUACUCAUUUAUAUCCGCGUGCUUCCAAGAAUCACCGUUACAACACGCAGCUAAAACACACGUUCAAACUGCACCCUCCCACACAUUUCCCUCCUUCCAGGCGCAUCCCGCAUUCCCGCAGACAUCCCUACAGCCGCAAUUCCAGUCAAAUCCCUUCCUUCAACACAUUGGCGUUCCACAGGAAUCCAAACAAACACUACAAAAACACCACCAACACAAAUACACAUCCCCCAAAAUUGUAACACAGACACACAAUCCACAAACACACAAGGGUAAAGUUUAUAAACGUUGUGAAUUAGCUCAAGAAUUGUAUUUUAAACACAAGUUUCCAAUGCAGGAUAUAGCUACGUGGGUGUGUAUCGCCCAACAUGAGUCCAACUACGAUACAGCAGCGGUUGGACGGCUCAACGGCGACGGCAGCGCGGACUAUGGACUCUUUCAAAUCAGCGAUCUCUACUGGUGUGCACACGACAGUUUUGGCGGCAAGGCAUGUAACAUUCCGUGCGCGAAAUUACUCGAUUCCGACAUUACCGAUGACGUGCGCUGCAUACGUAUCAUACACGAAGAGCACACACGUAUUUCGGGCGACGGGUUUACAGCGUGGACGGUCUAUAAUCACCACUGUCGCGACCAGCAGAUCGAGCAGGUGUCGGCGUGUUUCGAUAGCAACGAGAUAAGUAAGAUACAGGUAAUUGGCGGCAGCAGCAACAAUAACUACCACAAUGUAAUAGCAACCACAACAACGGCGCUGGAGUUGCCUGAGGCGAAGGGUAAGAUCUACAAGGAAUGUGAGUUGGCGCAGGAACUCUACUACAAGCACAAAAUGCCGAUGGAACAGAUACCCACCUGGGUAUGCAUAGCUAAACAUGAAUCCAGCUUCAACACCGCCGCUGUGGGGCGUCUAAAUGCCGAUGGUAGCGAAGAUCACGGACUCUUCCAAAUCAGCGAUCUCUAUUGGUGCACACAUGAUGAAUACGGCGGUAAGGCGUGCAACAUACCGUGCCACAAACUGCUCGACUCCGACAUCAGCGAUGAUGUGCGGUGUAUUAAAACCAUACAUGCCGAACACACACGUAUUUCUGGUGACGGGUUCACUGCGUGGACAGUUUAUAAUCGAAAUUGUCGCAAUCAACGUUUGGAACGCGUGGCCAGUUGCUUUCCGAAGGAGGACUUGCACAAGUCACAGCAUAAAGAACCUGCAGUGGAGAUCAAUACUGUCGCGCAUGACGAAACCGGUGUCGCCAUUGGUAAGGGUAAAAUCUAUCAGAAAUGUGAGCUGGCACAGGAGCUGUACUUCAAGCACAAGAUGCCGAUGAAGGACGUGCCGACGUGGGUUUGUAUCGCACAGCAUGAAUCUAGCUUCAACACUGCCGCUGUAGGACGUCUGAAUGCCGACGGCAGCGCCGAUCAUGGUCUCUUCCAGAUAAGCGAUCUCUAUUGGUGUUCACAUGAAGACGCCAACGGCAAAGCUUGCCACAUUUCAUGCAACAAGCUGCUGGACAACGAUAUCACAGAUGACGUGCGUUGCGUGAAAACGAUUUACGAGGAGCAUACGCGUCUCAGCGGUGACGGUUUUACGGCGUGGACGGUUUAUAAUCGCAACUGCCGCAAUCAGCAAUUGGAACGGAUAAGCGCGUGUUUCGACAGCAAACUCUUGCAGCAGGCACAACAAGUCAACGAAAUUCCGCAACGUGAGCCAACUACUUAUCUUACACAAUCUUCUAAUAUUAACCAAAUAACCACUUUGCCGAAUAAAAUCAAACACAGAGAUGAAUUAAAUCAUCCAUUUGUAAAUAAUCCCUUCCUAAAUCAAUUUAGUGCUGCGAAUUAUGUGCCAAAAACCAUGAAACCUAAAACAACCGCGAAACCCAUUUCACAUUACGGCGUCACUAAUGAAAUUGUUGCUGUAAAAACUGACUUUGUAAAUAAUCCAUUCUUAAAUCAAUUCAUACAAACACAACAAAAACCACACAGCGCCGCCAAAAUCCCACAAACUGUAACAAACACUAAUUUUAUUCCCGCUGUACCAACCACUGCCCCCUAUGCUGCCAACCCCUUCCUAAGUAAAUAUCAGCCAAGUGAAACUAAACAACAAACAUUAACACCCAUAAUAAUACAACAACCCCAAAAACAAAGUUAUCACUCCAAUCCAUUUCUCUCCAAAUAUACCGGCCAGUCGGCAAGCUUCUUACUAACCGAAACAACAAAUCAAAAAACAUUUAAUGCUGCCACACAAAGCGUACAGUUAACACUGCCAAAACCGCAAACCUCGCAACAACAAAAUUUCCACUCGAACCCAUUUUUAACACAAUUCAUCGAACAGCCCUCAAGCUUAACUGCCCAAAAGCCCGCAUCUACAGCUAACCCACCGAGAAGCCAAAUAGUCGCACAAUACCAGAAUAAUCCUUUUCUUCAACAAAUUUCAGCAGCCUCUCAUAGUAGCGCUAUUAAAACAAGCUCACAAACCCAACAACAACACGUACGCCCGACGCCGAGCAGCACUGAAAAGACCAAGCUACAUGUUUACCCCACAAAACCCUAUGUAAAUAGUGAGGUGUUUCGUACAACACCAGUCAAAAUCGAAACCAAAGUUUCCACUACCGGAAAACCGGUAAGCACAACCACCCGAAAACCCCAAACUCAAACUACGAAACAAUACUAUACCACUUUGCUUACAACCACCACCACAAAGAGGCCCACAACAGUGGCAACCGUUAUACGGAAACCCACAACAAAUAAUGCCGGAAGCGCGACUAAGCGACCGAACACUACAUGGAACUGGCAACAGCCGCAACAAGUACAAACCGCCAAAUCAACGAGCACAACUAGACAACCAAUAACUCAGCGACCGUCUACUCGACAAACGACAACUCGACAACCGCCAACUCGGCAACCCACAACCAGGCAAACGACAGCUCGACUACCAACAACUCGACUACCGACAACGAAGGCAAAACCGCAAGCAAGUACAACUCGAGCGCCACAAACCACGCCGAAAACAACCAAACUGUCCAAUAACCAGAAGACGCCAUUAAAGAAAGGAAGUACACCGACAUCCUCGACGCGGACAACAACGAGAAAACCACAGACUACGAAGAACCCCGGAUUGUAUCAAGAAAAGAAGACUACUUGGAACGCCUUCGCCACGGCAACUACGAAAAAACCGACUAUAACUACUAAAAACGUUGGAGUCCAAAAACCGUUAACGACUACAACAACUAGGAGGCCAACAACCACACAGAACGCUGGACUUCGAAACCCCACAACUGCCGCAACAACAAGAAGACCAACUACUAAACAAAGUACUACCAAACCUACCUCAAAGAGUUCUAAUGAUAAAACUGCCAAUCUUAGAGUCACUACCACUACAACGCGUAGACCCGGAACCACCGCAAGAACGCCGCUAACACAAAAGACUACCGCUACUAUAAAAGUUACCACUACUAAGCGCCCAACUACAACAACGCAAAGAACAACCAAACGCGCAACACCUAAUAGUAAAACUAGUUCUAAUUACAGUACAACAAAAGUGCAACAACAACAUUAUGCCACAACCACGACAAGAAAACCGACGACAACUGUCAAAACGCCGACAACGCGAAACACUUUCGCUGCCACAAAGCCAUCAGCAAACGCUUACGCGACCAGGCGUCCAGCGACAGCAAGUCUAAAUAAUUUUAGUACCACAAAAGUGCCAUAUACGACUAAGAAAAUUACAACAACAACACCGUUUACCCAGUACACCAAACCAAGUACACAAAAACCGAAAGUCACCACGACAAAACCGACGGCAUUGACGAAAACUACUAGCACGACCCGUGGAACUACGCGAAAACCCGCUCUAUAUGUCGCGAGCGCAACGAAUCAAAAAACGAAUGUUACGCGAAAUCCAGUCCAUACUACACCUACGAAAGCCUCACUAAUAGCAACAACAGCCAAAUAUCGUGAUGAUCCGUUCAGCCACCCGUUCUUCGACAAAUACAAGGAACAAUUCAAAGUAUUCGCCACGACAACGACACGAAAGCCCACCAGUGUCGUCAAGCAGCAUCCGGUGCAAACGCAUUUUGGUGAGGAAAGCGAAUACUAUAAACAGUUCCGAAAUCAUGCAGCCGGCAGUGCCAAGACCGUUUAUGCCUACGCCUUUGGACAAAAUGGCACGCUGGCUGGACAUUACGGUAGAUAGGACCUUUCGAAACCGGACAAUUGGAAGUGAAGUUUGCCGCGAACAUAAUACUCAAGACUCUCAACGAAAAGAAUACUCAAUUUAUGGGAUGCCUACAUAUAAAGUGGAAUUUCAAAGUAGUCCUAAGCGCUUUAUAUACCAUACAUAUAUGUAUGAACGAAAACUGCUUGUUAAUUUGUGAUGCUGUCAAAAUGUGAUUUUUUUAUUAUAACUGCACUUGCGAAGAUAUGUGUACACAUCGGGUGUAACAGUAAACGGUUGCAUACAUUUCCGUGACACCAGUUGCAAUAUUCAACAAAUUGCAUGUUUAGAUAGUUUUUAAAUAUGUUUUUUUUUAACUGUUAUGUUUUAUAUAAAUAUACAUAUAUAUUUCUAAUUAACGAUACUAUGUAUUUAUAUACUUUUCACAUUGUGUACACGGAAAGUAUAUUAAAUAAUUAAUUUAAGUGAUAAGCGUCGAUAUAUUUGCACACACACACACAUAUAUACAAUACAUACGUAACUAGAUAAUAUUACUAAAUAAGAAUAA